AUUGCUGCUGCUGCUACUACUAGGGCGGGGAAGUGGUAGGUGUUCGCUGGUGUGACGCUUUCACCGCCGCAGCCUUACUGCAUCGAACGCGUACGUCUAAAAUAACGCGUCUCUGUCUGCGUACCUGAGACUGGUGGAUGCUAUCCUUCUCAUGUCUGAAGGGUAGGAACAGCUUCAGACGACUUCAAAGAAGCCUGCAUUCUGUUGCCAAGCGGUUCGUUGCUCCAGCGCAGACAUGUUUUCCUCAGGUCCCAAUUACGCCAAGUUGAAGACCAACUUGCGACUGACGAUGAACCGCUUGAAGUUGCUUGAACGUAAGAAAACAGAGCUGGCGCAGAAAGCUCGUAAGGAGAUCGCAGAGCACCUGGCAAACGGGAAAACUGAGAGAGCGAGGAUCCGUGUUGAGCAUAUAAUUCGUGAAGACUACCUCGUCGAAGCCAUGGAACUCGUUGAAGUCUACUGUGAUCUCUUAUUAGCACGUUUUGGCCUCCUCCAACAAAUGAAAACGCUUGAUGAGGGUCUCUCGGAAGCUGUCUCCAGUCUCAUCUGGGUGGCACCGCGACUGCAGGCUGACGUUGCCGAACUGAAAGCGGUCGCCGAUCAGCUUGCGAUCAAGUACGGCAAACCGUACGCGCAGGCGGCUCGCGAUAACGGACUGUCAACGGUGAGUCCCAAGCUUAUGCAGAAGUUGAGCGUUCAGGCGCCGCCGCGGCUUCUCGUGGAGCAGUACCUGAUCGAGAUAGCGAAGAGCCACGACGUGCCCUACGAGCCGGACAAGUCUGUUAUGGAAGAACCAAGCGACGAAGCAUCGCAGCCUCCACUGAUCGAUCUCGGCGCUGGCGCUAGACCACCCGGUUUCAUCUCUCAGCCCUACCCCCAGUUCAUGCCUGCCAGUGCACCGCAGGGACCCAUGAACUUUCCUGGGCCUCCGCCUAUUCCUAAGGCCCCACCAUCAGCUGCUCCGUUCCCAGCUAUAAACCCUCACACUAUUGGUUUCGGUGAAGGUCUGCCACCAUACAGUGCAGUGAGCGGAUUGCCCGACUUACCGUCGGUACCUUCUAGCAGCUUGCCGAAGCCACCUUCCAAGGAAGACGACCUCGACUUCGAUGACUUGACGCGCCGAUUCGAGGAGCUCAAGAAAAGGAAGUAAAGCACAACAUGCUUACCAAGAUACGCGCAUAAUUUUUUUUGUUUGCAGAUAAUAAAAGAAUACUUGUGUACUUCGUU